AGCAUGAGGUAACUUUUCGUAAGAAUUUGCGUUAGAUAACCUGAAAACCGAAAGUACGGGACCGGGGAGAGAGAAUUGCCCAGAAAAGCAAAUUUAAAAUUUAAAAAAUUUAAACUUUUCGGAAGGAUGGGAUAUCGUGGCAGUGGCUCCUAAAUCCUUUCGGUGACAAUCUUUUGUGAUUACUGAUUUCGGUUACGGUGGAGAAAUUCCUUUUUUAGGUGAGCGCAUUUUCUGCCGUGUAUUUGGAAAUCCACUGCCGUGUGUUUCACUAUUUGGCGAUAUGGGUAUGGACCUGGUUGGAGGCUGUGGCUACGGCGGCGGCGGCGGUACGAGUGGCGGGAGUUGUAGUUGCUGUGACAUGACCGUCAAAUGCUCUUGUAGAUGGAGGCUGGAACCCCAUCACCACUUCUACAGCCGCUUAUUUUCUUCUGGCUUCGUUUUCUUUUUUGUGUGUCUGGUAUUGUUCGGAUCGAUUGCCACCCUUUAUGUUUGGCUUUUGUUCACGCCGUCUUUUCGGAUGGACUUGUCAUCGUUCGGCUGUCAGGAGGACAAUGAGGGUUCUUGGUCAAUUGGGAUUUUCUACGGUGAUUCUCCCUUCUCUCUGAAACCCAUCGAAGCUGUAAACGUGUGGAAAAAUGAAACUGCUGCUUGGCCGGUAGCCAACCCCGUGGUAACUUGCGCUUCACUUUCUGAUGCUGGUUUUCAGAGCAAUUUUGUAGCUGAUCCUUUUCUUUAUAUUCAGGGAGGAACAUUUUACCUAUUCUAUGAGACAAAGAAUUCAAUCACUUCGCAAGGAGAUGUUGGAGUCGCCAAGAGUACUGACAAUGGAGUUACAUGGCAACAAUUAGGCAUUGCCUUGAAUGAGGACUGGCAUCUUUCUUAUCCAUAUGUCUUUGAAUAUCUUGGCCAGAUAUAUAUGAUGCCUGAUAGCAGUAAAAAAGGUGAACUUCGUGUCUACAGAGCACUUAACUUUCCUUUGCAAUGGAAAUUGGAAAAGGUGAUCAUGAAGAGGCCCCUUGUUGAUUCUUCAAUCAUUAAUUAUGAUGGCAAGUAUUGGCUUUUUGGCUCAGAUCAUAGUGGUUUUGGGACCAAGAAAAAUGGGCAGUUGGAGAUUUGGCAUAGUAGUUCACCUCUUGGUCCUUGGAUACCUCACCGGAAAAGCCCCAUAUAUAACAUUGACAAAAGUGUGGGAACUCCCAAUGGAGGCAGGCCAUUUUUCUACAGAGGGAAUCUUUUCCGUAUUGGUCAGGACUCUGAUGAAGUGUAUGCUAAACGAGUCCGCAUUUUUAAGAUAGAAGCUCUUACCAAUGAAGAGUAUAAAGAAACUGAAGUACCCUUCAAUUUUGUUGAGCCUGAAAAGGGUCCAAAUGCCUGGAAUGGUGCUCGACACCAUCACUUAGAUGUGCAGCAGCUGCCAUCUGGUGGUUGGAUUGCAGUUAUGGAUGGGGAUCGUGUUCACGCUGGGGACUUAGUCCGACGCUUCAUCAUUGGCUAUGCUUCAAUAAUAGGUGCUUCUGUUCUCGUUGUGCUAAUGGGUGUGUUACUUGGACUUGUCAACUGUAUUUUCCCUCACAGCUGGUUCGUACAUAGCUCUGGGAAGAGGAACAUUUCUUUCAUGGCUUGGGAAAGAUCAAAUUUGUUCUUGUCCCGAGUUAUAAGGCUUUUGAGCCGCGUAAACCGGGCCCUGACAUCUGUCCGAGUUAAAAUCAAGCAGAGUACGUGUGCUAGGAGGGUGGUUCUUGCUAUGGUAUUUGCGGUGGUGGUUGGAUUAAUUUGUCAAGGGGUUAAAAAUAUCUACGGGGGCAAUGGUUCAGAACCACCAUACCCCUGGAAAGGACAGUAUUCUCAAUUCACAUUAUUGACUAUGACCUAUGAUGCUCGUCUCUGGAACUUGAAGAUGUACGUGAAACAUUAUUCAAGAUGUUCUUCUGUGCGGGAGAUUGUUGUGGUUUGGAACAAGGGAGUUCCUCCCAAACCGAGUGAUCUGGAUUCAGCAGUACCAUUGAGGAUCAGGGUAGAGGAAAGAAACUCACUGAAUAAUCGAUUCAAGGUGGAUCCAUUGAUUGAAACACGAGCCGUCCUUGAGCUUGACGACGACAUUAUGAUGACAUGUGAUGAUGUCGAGCGAGGUUUUAACUUAUGGCGUCAGCACCCAGAUCGGAUCGUCGGAUUCUAUCCCCGGUUCAUCAAUGGGGACCCAUUAACAUAUAGGCCAGAAAGAUAUGCCCGAAGGCAUAAAGGGUAUAAUAUGAUUCUUACCGGCGCAGCUUUCAUCGAUGCUCAAGUAGCUUUCAAGAGGUACUGGGGUGAAGAAGCCAAGCCAGGGAGGGAUCUGGUGGACAAGUAUUUUAACUGUGAAGAUGUGCUCUUAAAUUAUUUGUAUGCCAAUGCAAGUUCAGAGUCACCCAGGACAGUUGAUUAUGUGAGACCAGCUUGGGCCAUUGACACAUCAAAGUUCUCUGGUGCAGCAAUCAGCAAGAACACAAAAGUGCAUUAUCAGUUGAGAAGUAAUUGCCUUGUUAAAUUCUCACAGAUGUAUGGUAGUUUGGGUCCCAAGUGUGAAUUUAACGGUCGGAAAGAUGGUUGGGAUUUAUAGUAGAGGAUGGUUUUCACAGGUAGGUCGGUCAAUCUUUGCUGAUCCUUAGUUUUACCCCAUUGAAUUUUUUGCUGGGGAUUUUCACGAGAUUUGGUUUGCGAUUUGUAAAUAUGUUCUUCUAUGAUUGCCUCUUAGAUGAGAGAUCUCGGGCAUUGAUUAUUAUUCUUAAUAUCUUAUCAAUCUACAGUUUUAAUGAUUAAUAUUUUUAUUUUUA